AAACAGCGUCUGGUUUACGAUUUUCUGAAUUGAUUUUCGUCAACUGUCAGUAGGUGAGAGUGGCGGAUUUUCUUAAAGUCCCCGACCUCACAGGGUGGGGAAAAAGUGAUUGUCAACUUCGUCUACCAUAAGAGUUUAUAUACUCUGACGGUGAUUUUUUACUGUAUCCUGUAAUGCAACCAGGGCUAACUAGAAUCUCAGAGUUCGAUGUGAUUGCUAAAAGCUAUUCUACUGUGCAUCUUGACUGGUCUUCUUCUCUACUCGAAUACAAAUACAGCAUUCUAAAUGAGACUGACAGGGUCUACUGCAUCGUACAGCAAAUAGUUGGGAGCGACGAAGAUGAGGCUGAAUGGAAUGAUAUAUAUAUUGGAUAUGGUAAAAGUAAAAUUGUUGAAGACCUUCAACCAAAGAAGGAGUACAAAUUCAGAAUUCGCUUCCACCGAAGUGAUGACGUUUACUCAGCCUGGUCACCAACAGUACAAGUUAUUACCGAUAAUGAACCAUACUAUGGAGAGAACUUGCAUAAAGCUGUACGAAACCGAUCUAUGGCUGAAAUUAAAACUGUUCUAAACUCUGGAAAUAUCAUAGUUGAUGUGCGAGAUGAUCAUGGUCUAAGUGCAUUAAUGAAUACGGCAAAACUGGGCCAAACAGAUGUUAUGAAAAUGCUGUUGUCCUUUAAUGCUUCUGUUAAUGCUAAAGAUGAGUCAGGAAAAACAGCUUUAAUGCAUGCCUGCUUCCAUGGCCAGUUACCAGCUGUGAAGUUACUGAUUGAGAAUGGUGCACUCUAUGAUGAUUAUGAUUUGGGUGGAUCUAGUGCAAUUCAUUAUGCCAUUGACAGCUGCAACUGUGAGCUCAUCGAGUGGAUUUUCAAAUCAGGAGCAGAUGUGAACUGUCGAGACAGAAAUGCUGGCUGGACUCCAUUGAUGCGGUGUGCCUCUCUUACUGGUAACUCAAUAGUUGCUAUGACAUUAAUUCACAAUGGAGCCAAUGUUAAUCUCCAGGAUAGUGAUGGGAAGACCUGUUUAAUGAUUGCUGUCAUCAAUGGUCAUCAGAAAUUUGUGGAAGUUCUCUUGGAGAACGACGCUGAUACCACAAUUAUAAAUAAGAGUGGCCGAUCAGCAUAUGACAUGGCUAUUUCCCUUGAAAAAAGAGCAAUACAAAAGAUAAUGAACCCACAUGAUUCACUGAAUAUAGAAGGAAGGAAAGUUAGCUUUGUAUAACCCACAGAACCUAGGGCAACACUAAACAUUAAUGAUAUUGGACAUCAUAUGUUGCAAACUUGUAUUUAUCAGACCAACAUUGAUGAAAGUCCAGCAAAGAAUUUUUGCCCAAAUUCCAGGAUAAAAGCUAGGAACUAUGGCAUGGACAUUACUAAAGACAUUAAAGAAUUAUAAAGCAUGACCACUAAUUUAGUGGGUAUGGCCUGUGUUAUUCCACCCUCACAGUAACUCAGACAAUAAAGUCAAGGAUUCCCAGUCUUUGCUGUUUAAAGCAGAAAUGCAAAGAAAUUUUUUAAUAAAAAAUGAAACUAAAAGUUACGGGUUUGGUGGA